AUGUUUUUCAUCAUAAAUGAGGUCACUACAAAUGCCUUCUUUACAUCAAACGGGAAUCAAGAGCAACGCUAUCUCAAUGAUGCAUUGCAAGCAAUUGAUAACACAGAUCAAUUUGCAUUACUCAAUCACCAGAGAAACGUAUGGAACCAAAAUAGUCAUGAUAUCGUACACGAUUCAAGCACAUUUGUCGUAGCUCAUUCACAUCGUGCAGCAAUGAUUAAAGAGUGGAAACGUGAUAUUGAAAAUAGAAGGGAUAAAGCAAGAAAUUAUUUAAUUUCAUGUGAAAAUACGGUGGAAAUUAGAGAUGAUGAAGUACAGAUUGAAGUCGUAGCGGCUGAAAUACCAACCAGUCCAUUUAAGGCACAGACUACUGCAGUGCCACCUGUGACUAUAACAACAGCAAUCUCAUUUCCAACAAAAAUGAAUAUCAUCAAACAAUUCACAUUAAAUAGUCAACAGCAGUAUGCUUUUAUGAUUGUUACUAGUCACCUAGAUGGUGAGAACCAAAUUCGCACGGACUCUGCUGACAACCAGUUAUUGAUGUGUGUACCUGGUUGUGGUGGCACUGGUAAAUCUCAAUUGAUUCGUGCAAUCACGCAAUAUUUCCAACUAACAAAGAGGGGCAAAAUGCUGCGUAAACUGGCACCAACGUCUAUAGCACCAGCAGAAAUUGAUGGUUUAACCAUUCAUUCAUUUUUAGGCGAAAACCGCAAAAGUUCCAAAAAGAAGCAAACAAGAACAUUCAGACCCGGCAACACAAAAUUGGAAAAUGAAUGGCGUCAUGUCAAAUACUUGAUAAUCGAUGAGAUGAGUAUGGUUGGACUUAGCCUAUUAGCUCGUCUCAAUCGUAUAGUGAAAACAGAAAAGCAUACAAAUUCAGAUAUUCCUUUUGGUGGUGUAAAUGUGAUUUUUUUUGGGGACUAUCUGCAAUAUUCUCCAGUGUUGGAUAGACCUCUCUAUCACAGCUGUGCGUCGUCUGAACAAAUUACAGAACGUCAAAUAGAUAUGCAAUGUGCACAGAAACUUAUAUCUCAAAUGAAUUGCGUAGUUGAAUUGAGUCAGCAAAUGCGAACCGAAGACCUCCAAUAUUUGGAGCUUUUAAACAGAUUGAGAGGUGGUCAAUCAACAAUUGAAGAUUAUCAACUUCUUUGCACACGUAUCGUUGGAAAUCCAAAGCUACAAGCAUCUUUGCGACAGAAGCCAUGGAAUGAAGCUCCAAUACUCGUUUUUCGAAACACACUUCGCACUCAAAUUAACAAUCGAGCUGUGUUAAAUAAAGCAAUGGAAAUGGGACUGCGACCAAUGGUGUGUGUUGCUCAAGAUUAUUUUCAAGGAAAGCUUAUAGACGACUUACGGUUACGCAAAACGAUUCUUGAAUUACCUGACAACAAAACGGAGCAUCUUCCAGGCUAUUUACCUCUUGUACCUGGGAUACCAGUUUUACUUACAGAAAACGUGGCUACAGAGCUCGGACUCUCCAAUGGUACACGUGGAAUAUUCCAUCAACUUGUAUACGAAGAAUCUUCAGUGGAUAUUCAAUUUCAAGACAAGAAUUUUCCAACAAAUACCAAGUUUAUCACUCAACCAAAAUACGCCUUAGUAGAAUUUCCCAAUUGCAAACUUGAUUCUGAACUUGCUGAACUUCAAGCCAAGAUCAUUCCUAUACCAGUCAGUGAGCAAACAUUUCUGUUUGAUGCUAAGGAGCUUCUUGCAGAAAAUGUUGCAAAAGCCGCAAAAAUUAACCAAAAAAACACAAAAAUCUCAAUCAAGCGUAAAGCGCUUUCUUUAAUUCCGGCCUACAGCAUGACAACACAUAAGAGUCAAGGCCAAACGCUUGACAAAAUUAUCAUUGAUCUGGUCAUGCCACCUGGUCCAAUCGAAGUCGCAUCGUUUACGUUCCACUCUCACGAGUGA